CAGUCUCGGAGAUUGAGUCUUACCAUGAUAAUUCUACAAUUCGUUAGUGUUUUAGUAGUAUUCCAAAAUGGCGAUCAUUGGAUGAAGACGAUCAGUCUCUGUCAAUCAAUUAGUAAAUAUGAACAUCCUUUAGACAAGUGGUAUAAAAACUGAUAAAUUUAUGAUGAAUUUGUCAGUAAUUGUGUCUGGAUUGGUAGAGAAUGUCACUGGAGGGGCAAUGAUGAUGAACAAUAGUUCUACAACAUCUAAUGUAGUGAAUACUCACACAACCCAGAGGAUAAUUGAAGAUGCUGUAUUUGGUAAUGAUUCACUUAUAUCAACAAACUGGACCCAGAUGGCGCUUGGUUGCCUGAAGUGGAAACCACCAAAUCACACUCUAUUCCAGGUUGCAAAUUCACUGCUUUUCCUUGGCCUGCUAUCCCCACAUAUAAAACAUGGUGUCCUCUGCUUACAUACAGCGUUUACAUUUAGUUUUCUGUUACUAUCAGUGUGGGCAUGGAUUGUGCUGUGUGCACCAGACUAUUUCUCAUGGAACUUUGCUUUCAUGAUUAUAAACAUCAUUCAGACGUUGAUGAUACUUUAUAAUAUCAAACCAAUCAAGUUUGAGGAGGGCAUUGAAAGGCUGUACCAGACUGUGUUUCAACCAAUGAAUGUCUCCAGGAGAUUAUUCAAGAAGUUGAUAGAUAAGAAUUUUUGUUUGGAGUCGACACUGUAUGAAGGGGAUGCAUACGCUGCCCAGGGUAUCACGAAAACAGACAGGCUUGGUCUUCUUGUAUCUGGCACUAUGAAGGUGUUCAGUCAUCGUAAUUUAUUACAUCUCGUACAGGAGAUGGAGUUUAUUGAUUCACCAGAAUUUGAGAGUAGCGUCACUGGAGAUGAGAAAUUUCAGGUGUCUGUAUAUGCUGCCACUACAUGUCGCUACAUUUAUUGGCCUCGACAGUCACUCGAGUACCUCCUCAUGAAGGAACCUUUCCUAGCUACUGUACUCAAUACAAUCAUGGGAAGAGACAUCACAAACAAACUGUAUGCUCUCAAUAGUAGGGUCAAGGACCCAAACCAAGAUAAGUGUAAGGAUAGUGGUAUACCUUUGAUGUUAGACCCGUGUGGUAAAGUUGGUGAUUUAAGAUGUACUCUGGCUCAGCUGUCUGGAGCUAUGAAUGGACGACCUGGUAUGAGAGGUGAUUUCCACAACCUUGUUGAAGAACAAGAAGAAAGUGAUGGUCCAUAUUCUGCUACUGAGGAAGAAGUAGAUUUACUGAAUGCCGAGUCAAGAUUAACAUAUGAUAACCACCUUGCUAGAUCUAACAACUCACUACAUUCUGACCAUGGUAUACACUUUACAGUGAAGGAACAGUCUAGGAUACAUUUCAAUAUACCACCUAAAUAACAGACUAUGGACUAUGAAAGGGCUUUUGUGUCUGAAGUGUUAAACUAAUGUGAAGACUGUUGUGGUGUUUUGUAAUUUAAUGGGAGAGUUUUUAUCUACAUUGUCAUUUUUGGUGGGGAAAGCUUUUGACUAUCUCCCACUAAAUAAUGUUGUUUUGAAAAAUCACUGUCACUGUUGUUCCGUAUAAUUGUUGUUUUCUGAAUUCUGAGAAAAAACUGGUUCAUGUUGUAUACUAUUUUUUUAAGUAUUUGCAUGCUUCUUUGUUGUUAAUUCAGUGCACAUAUUAUAGUCAGAUCUUUAUCUCUCACAAAUUUAUCUUGUCCAUGACAGAGUAUGCCUCUAAAUAGAGCAGUGUUUGUCACCUGUUUGCAAACAUAUCAGAGCCUACUGUAUUUGAAUAACUUUAAGUCUUUUUAAGCUUUUAAAAUUGAAGUAGCAACAGCAGUUAAAAUAUGAUUUGUUUAUAAUCAUUGAGAAUUUCUUGCAAACAAUUUUUUGAAAAAUCCAAUUAGAAAUGUGUCUGUAAACUGUUUCUGUCAAAAUUGUCAAAAGAAGGAAAGAAAAAGAGUAAAUGAAUACACCAAAUCUUGUCAGCUGAAAGUUUAUUUUGGAACUUUUGUUCCUAGGUUCUCUUUUUGUGUGUAGAUGGAUGUACUGUCUUUCUCUGAUGAAUUUUCUGUAUUUGUUGAACUUUAAUAAGUAGCAUGAUACAUUGCUGUUGUAGUGGUUUGUUUCAGCAUUGUCUAAGUUAUAUAAGAAACAAU